AUGAGUAUAUUGCUCAAAUGGAAGAAUAAACUCCAGGAUCCUUCGUUAUACGAAACGAAGAUCCGUGAAUUCGAUGAACGUGUGUCACAUCUCAAAGACGAGAAUGUCGAAUUGCACAAACGCAUUGAUCAGCUUGAGGCUUUGUGCACAACAAGUGUCGACACUCAACAAACACGUUCCCUCCAAGAACAUAUCCGUCAGCUUGAACAAGAAAAUGGACGAUUAUUUGUCGAAAAUCAAUGUCAACGACAAGAAUAUGAAAGUUUUCUAGAUCAAUUAACGACGAUGGUUUUAAGAACGGCAAUCAUGCAUGAGGUAAGCGAAAAACGCCAAGAAUGA